AUGCACAGUAAGAAGCAGGCUCCAGUAAAAUACUAUGUUGGAAUUGAUGUUGGGUCAGCAAGUGUUCGCGCGGCUUUGGUAGAUGAGUUUGGGACAGUAGUGGCACACGCAGAUCAGCCAAUCCAAAUUUGGGAGCCCCAGCCAGACCACUAUGAGCAAUCCUCUGCUGACAUAUGGGCAGCUUGUUGCUUGGUCACAAAGAAAGUUGUCUGUGGACUAGACGCUAGCCAGAUUCGAGGCAUUGGUUUUGAUGCUACGUGUUCCCUUGUUGUUGUGGAUAAACAGUUCCAACCUUUGGCUGUCAACUGUGAAGGACAAAACUAUAGGAAUGUUAUUAUGUGGAUGGACCAUCGUGCAGUCAGUCAAGUUGAGCGCAUCAAUGCAACGCAACACAGGGUUUUGAGCUAUGUAGGGGGAGUGAUGUCGGUGGAAAUGCAGCCACCUAAAUUGCUGUGGAUAAAGGAAAACUUGCAAGAAUCGUGCUGGGAGAAGGCAGGCUACUUCUUUGAUCUUCCGGAUUUCUUAUCUUGGAAAGCCACAGGUGUCACUGCAAGGUCCCUCUGUACAGUAGUGUGCAAAUGGACGUACACUUCGGAUGGAGGUUGGGAUGAUAGUUUCUGGAAGAUGAUUGGUUUGGAAGAUUUGGUGAAGGAUAAGUAUGAAAAAAUUGGAAACCACGUCUUGUCUCCUGGAGAGUCUGUUGGAAAAGGUCUAACGCCAGAAGCUGCAAAAGAUCUCGGUCUCCCGGAAGGGAUUGCAGUAGGAGCAUCUCUCAUUGAUGCACAUGCUGGAGGCCUAGGAGUAAUUGGAGCAGAUGUGAAAGGACAUAACCUGCCAUGUGAGAACCAGCCAAUUACAUCCCGAGUUGCUAUGAUCUGUGGAACAUCUUCGUGCCACAUGGGGGUCAGUGAAACACCCAUUUUUGUGCCUGGUGUUUGGGGACCUUAUUUCUCUGCAAUGGUACCUGGACUGUGGUUGAACGAGGGAGGUCAAAGUGCUACAGGAAAACUGAUAGAUCAUGUCGUCCGAGGCCAUGUCGCCUUCCCGGAAUUACAGUCAAAAGCUGCAGCCAGUGCUCACAGUAUAUAUACAUACUUGAACAGUCACCUGGAUCUGAUUAAGAAAUCUUUGCCUGUGGGUUUCCUCACUGUUGAUUUACAUGUUUGGCCAGAUUUCCAUGGUAACAGAUCUCCCUUAACAGAUCUGACACUAAAGGGCAUGAAAAUAAUAGUUUUACUUUGGCUGGAUUUGUACGUUUUCUUUUUGAUCUUUGUACAGGUUGUUGGACUAACAUUGUCUCGGGGUCUGGAUGAACUUGCCCUUAUCUACUUGGCCACGAUUCAAGCCAUUGCUUUAGGAACAAGACAUAUUCUGGAAACUCUGCAGGCUGCAGGACAUCAUAUCAACACGGUGUUUCUGUGCGGUGGGCUGAGCAAGAACCCUCUCUUUGUGCAGAUGCACGCUGACAUUACUGGCAAGCCUGUUGUCCUGUCCAAAGAAGUGGAGUCUGUUUUGGUGGGUGCUGCUAUUCUUGGAGCUUGUGCUUCUGGGGAUUUUGCAUCUAUACAGGAGGCCAUGGCGAAAAUGGGGAGAAUCGGGCGAGUCGUGCAGCCUAACCACGAGCAUAAAAGAUUUUAUGACAAGAAAUAUGAAGUGUUUUUGAAACUUGUGGAACAUCAGAGAGAGUAUCGCUCCAUCAUGAACAGCUUCUAAUCCAGAGGCACGUAACCUGGGAACAGCAGGGAUAACAAAUUUCCAGAUACUUACGAUGAG